AUCAAUGGUUUAAUAAUACUUCACUGUUGAGUUUUUAUCAUUUUUGUUAGUGUGUUUGGAUCAGCUUAUUUUGCAUUAAAAAUUGCUUAUAAUCAAAAUGCCCCAGACAGAGCUUUUAGCUGAAAAGCUAUUUUUGGGUUAAAAUUAAGCAUAACUAAAGAUGAUGGACACUGGCAUAUAAUCAAAAUUAUAAAUUUUAAAAUAUGCAAGCUGAUAUUCAGUAGCCCAAGCACUUUUUAAACAAGUUUAUUCAAUUUAUCAUGGUAUAUUAAAGGUAACGAAUUGUGUGAAGCCUUCUUUCCUUUGCCUGCAGAAGCUAGGUUUUUUGAAUUUCUGCUUAUACGAUAAUGAUUUUAUAUUUUUCUAUCUAAUGUAAUAUUCAAUAUACAAUAUAAUAUUCUCUUCUAUUAUUUUUCUUGUAAAAAUUCUGUCUAGUAGUAGUAAACAGUUUUUUUCAGACUCUGUUCUAUCAGCUUUCAUCAAUCCAUUCCUCUACCUUUUUUACCUAAGGUAAUAGGUACACACAUCUCUCUCUCUCUCCUUUUCUCUCUCUCCCUCUCAAAGUAAAACAUUUUGGUUUUGUUCUUGAAGCAAAUUUCACUAUAUCAGUGCUUUGUAUUUUUUUUCCCUCCAAAAGUUGUGGGGGGAAAUUUUUUGUGUUUGUUUCACUAUUGCUGGUUCAUAGGAUUUACUUAAAAAAAUUUUAUGUUUCUUUGGUCUUGUCAUGAUUACUGAUUGCUGAUUAGAGGGCACAGAUAGGAGAGCUGUUUAACCCCCUAUAUACUUGAUGCCUGUGCAUAGUUGAUUAUGAUUUUUAAGUGCAGGAAAAGAUUAGAAAAUGCUAACCCCUUCUAAUACUUGCUAAACCUUGGCCAGGUAAUAUCUGAUGCGUUAGUCAUCCUAUUUUCCAAUCCUUCCUCUUUUUAUUAAAUCAAUCCUAACUCUUGCUACCAUUCAUGAUAAGCUAGAGUGAGGAUCCAUUAUCUACUUUAAAUCUCAUCGAUGUCAUUUUUUUCUUCCAUGUGUUCACUUUUUGAGUCCUCUUUGUUUUCUUGCCUCAGACUAGAAGGUGCUCUUUCUGUAUCAGUGGAUAGAGGCGUGAGUAAAUGGCUUCAAGUGAGUGGACUUAUUUGGGGCUAUUGGUAAUUUAUUAUGGUUAAGGAUACCAUGAGUGGCAAGUAUUUAGUGUUCAUGGGCUAGUUCCUUAGAUUGUGAAUUCCUUCCCUCCUGAAAUAAUUGCUAGUGGUUGUAAGUUAUUUGCCGAUCUGACUCAACUAUUCUAUCUAUUUUGAAACCCAUAGAUUGCAAGUGACAUUUAUGGGGCAUAGGCACUUAUAUAACGCAUCUCCAUUAUUUGAGGGUGAGCCUGACCAGAAUUGGAAUCAUAUGCAUACCGAUCAACAUUAUGUGCACCUUGAAAAUAUGUCUAUAGAUAGCAAUUCGUUCCCCUCACAUUGGAACUCUUCCACAAGAUCAAAUGGAUAUGCAUCCUCAAGUCUCAACAUUGAUGUAGCCCCUCAUCAACCAGAUGCAUCAGGCACUUCCAGUGAUCAUUUUAUGCAUUCAUCUAGUGCUGGAGCCUUCUUUGCAGUGUCUGAAAAUCAUGUAAACCAGCCUCCUCCUUCCAAUUAUGACAGACAAACAUUUCAUGUUGAUGGUGGUUUUAUUGAUCUUACAAUGGGAAGCGGACGAGGGCCUCAAAAGCGCAAGAGCCCUGGAAUUCCUUCAGUCUUUGAGAGAGGUAGUACAAGUAGAUACUUUAAUGCUGGGAGUUCAACUGAUCAUCCUAUGCCUUCAGAAUUAAGGCAGGAGAAGCCAAACAUUGAUUCUCAAUAUAUGCCCUGGGAUCAUUUUACUAUGACCCCCACAUUCAGAGGUUCUGGCCUUUCAAUAAAGGGUGAGGGUUCACUCAGGAAUGUGAGGAGCCGUUCUUCACUUGAUUUGGAAUCCAACCUGGCUAGAACCCAUUUAUCAGGCAAUCAUUCACACAACUACCCUUCUGUCCCACCACCAGUUGACCAUUCUAGCAUGGUGGACCUUUCAGGUCAGACUUCUGCCACUUUGACAAGGGAUUGGAACCAAAUGAACAUAUCUCCUGCUAAUGGACGGGUGUUAUUGUCAGAUACAAAUGCUUUUGGUCUUGAGACAAAUCAUUUCCUUGUCGGAAGUGGUGCUGCUGCUAGUAAUGCUUCUGUAGAUGUUGGGGGUUUCCAUCAUGAAUUUGGUACAAGCAGAAAUCCUACAGCUCCUCAAUGUUUUCAUAAUAAUCAGACUCAGACUACUAGAGGAAUUCGAAGCAACUAUUCUCAGAGAUCUACUCCAGCUUUUAGAGCUUCUUCAAGCUUGCGCUUGGGACAUGUGACAUCUUUGGAUGAUGGAUUGCCUAUGGUAGCUGAAAGCUACUCUUCUAGACAUCCAAGGCCAUUGAGCACCAUUGGCUGGCGUAAUGGUGAUAGAAAUGGGAGGUCAAGAAUUUCCAGUGAAAGAUAUCGUUCUUUGGCUGAGGAGGGUGGUCUCCAUGAUCGAUUUUCCUCUGAGGGUUUCAUGGUUGUUGAGCGCGCAUCACUGUAUGGUUCCAGGAAUAUGCUUGAUCAGCACCGAGACAUGAGGAUGGACAUAGAUAACAUGAGUUAUGAGGAACUACUAGCACUUGGAGAGAGGAUUGGCUUUGUAAACACAGGAUUGUCUGAGGACUUGCUUUCCAAGUGUUUGACUGAAACAAUAUAUUGUUCAUCUGAGCAAAGUCAAGACGAAGGAAGCUGUGUAAUCUGUCUGGAAGAGUACAAGAACAUGGACGAUGUUGGGACACUUAAAACUUGUGGACAUGACUACCAUGUGAGCUGCAUUAAAAAGUGGUUAUCUAUGAAGAAACUAUGUCCAAUCUGCAAAUCCUCGGUUUUGCCCGAGGAUACGAAGGAUAAAUAACUUCUAUUGUAGUAUGAUUAUUCUCAUUUUGUAUAUAUAUUUGGACAUCCCUCACGGUGGAGGAAACAAACUUGCUUUCGGAGAUGUUGUAACAGGAAUGCUACUACUUUAUGUCAAUGUAUUUGUUUUCGGCUUCGAUCUCAAUUCUGCGAAGCCUUUCAAUGGAUCUGAACUACUCGUGUUUGAUAUGGGAAAAUGUUUAUUUAUUUG